AUGAAAAGUAGUUUGAGAGGUGGCAAUAGCUUUGCAUUUAUUUCUCAUGAUAUUAAUGCCCUUGAGCACUCUAAUCAGGUCAACCUGCCCAGAGUGACUGUUGUAAUGCCUUUGAAAGGCUUUGGAGGGCACAAUCUACAUAAUUGGAGAAUUCAGUCCAGUUAUAAGCAAAUACAUGUAGCUAGACAUACUCCCAUUGAAGAGUCAAUAAUUGCAAAGAGUUGCCCGCCACCGUCGCAAGGAAGGGAAGCUUUUGGCGGCGGAGGAAGAGGAGGCGAUAGAGGCAAUGGAAUGAGAGAUCGCGAUGGCCGCGACGGCGGAGGAAGGGACAGCAGAGGCCAAGGCGGUGGAAGAGGAGGAAUGAAGGGGGGGAGUAAGGUCGUGGCUGAGCCGCAUAGACAUGAAGGAGUGUUCAUUGCUAAGGGUAAAGAAGAUGCGCUUUGCACCAAGAAUAUGGUCCCUGGUGAAGCCGUCUACAGCGAGAAGAGGAUCUCUAUUCAGAUUGAUGAUGUUGGCAUGGAUGCAGUGAUGUUUUUGGGCCAAAUUGAUGAUGUUUGCAUGGGCGCAAUUUAUAUUAUAUUUUUAUUUAUAGAAAAUAUGUACACCUGAUAUGUUUUGUUAUUAAGAUUUUUUUUUUUAAAUUUAGAUUUUAA